UCCCUUGCAGACAACAGUUGGAGUCUUUCCUAGGAUAACGAUGAGCUCGCCGGCACGUCCACAUACUUGAGUCUGGGCAAUGACGGAUGGGAAUACCGCUGUAGACUGUUCGGGUUCCAAAGAGGAGCCCCAAACUCGCAAAGGUGCAAAGAAGCAGGCCAAGUUCGGUUUUUGCACAAGAGAAGGAUGGGAAAUUUUAAAGGUCAUGCACUGCCUGGGAGCUUUUUGCUUCUCUUUGGCUUGUGGUGGUCCGUGAAAUACCCAUUGAAGUACCUCUGUCGAAAGAAAAAGAACACAUCUUCCCUGGGCUCCAAGGCAGGAUUUCAGCGCUUAGAAUUUACUGAGGGCAUCAUCAAAGCUGUCUUUGCUCUAAUUGGAAUGAUAGCUGAGCAGUUUGUUCCUGACGGUCCUCACCUGAAGCUGUAUAAUUAUGAAAGGAAACAAUGGGAUCACCUAAUGAACUGGCAACAUGCCACCAUGUAUCUCUUCUUUGGUAUCUCAGGACUGGUAGACAUUGUGGUGCAUAGAACUAAUAUAUUACCAAUAGCAUUGGACAGAAUGAUGCUUUCGCUAGCAAUUUUUGUGGAAGGUUUUCUGUUUUAUUACCACAUCCAUGGGCGUGCUAUGCUGGAUUUUCAUGUGCAUCAGUUACUUUUAGUGGCCAUCUUCGGAGCAGCUAUCUGUGUUUUCUUAGAAGUGUUCUUCCGUGGCAUCAUAGUCAUUGAGAUGCUCCGGACAAGUCUCUGCUUACUGCAAGGGAGCUGGUUCUGGCAGAUUGGAUUCGUUCUUUAUCCUCCAAGUGGGAGUCCAGAAUGGAACCAAAUGGAUCACAAUAAUAUAAUGUUCCUCACGAUGUGCUAUUGCUGGCAUUAUGCAUUUGCACUUCUUAUAAUGGCAGUGAAUUACAUGAUAGUCAGCUGGGUAGUUCGUUCAAAACUAAAACAAGCCCCAACAAUGGAAAUUGGAUUACUGAAAACAUCUGAGCGAGAUCAGGAGUCAGAAGAUGAGAUCUAAUUUAUCUAAAUAUUUUCUCAUAGAUUACCAAUUCUUUCUUCCAUAUCUGAGAUGCAAUGGUUUUGUCUACUGUAUCAUUUAAGCUUACACAAUCUGUGCAUCUAGAGAUUAAUUUAUGAAAAGUCCGUUAGUGUGUUGUUUAUAUGCUGUGCUUGAAGUAGAAAGAGAACAUUUUACUACUGAGCAGGCUAGAGGUGACAUUGUCAAAGUGAAAAUCAAUCCAGGCCAUUAAUAGAUAGGUCUACUCUUUCUUUGCUCUUGGGUAAAUUGGGAAAUUUUCAUACAUGUUAAAAACCCAAAUACAAUCCUAAUGUUGCAGGAAACACAGUUUAAAACCAAUUUAUAUGUAAUACAAAUUUGCUUUAGGUAUAAAGGAUAAUUUCUUGUUUAGGUUCCAAAUUUACAAAAUGUUUGUUUUCAACUGUAUAACUUUGUUUCUUUGUCAUAUCAUUAUUAUUUAUUAUUAGUUAUGUUCUGACUGCAUCAAAGGAUACAAAAAACUAGUGUAGAAUUAUUUAGCAUCAGUACUCAGCAAAUGAUAUCCCUGAAUUGCUGGAUAAUUGAAGGUACUACAUUGCACUUGUUACUUAACAGCAUCGGAGUUAAUUUAUUUUUAUAAUUAUUACACAGAAGGCUGCUGUAUAUUUUGAAUGCCUUCUAUGCUGAAUUCACUCACUAUGAGACUUGGGCCAGAGUUCUCCCCUUAGCAAAGAAGCUCACCCAACCUUUGGGGAUGUCAUUAUGUUUCAGUCUAACCUACCUCACAGAACUGUUGUGAGAAUAAAUUUUCCAUUGCCUUGUGCUCCAUGAAGGAAAGGUGAGAUACAAUCUAUAACAUAAAUAUAAUGUUAGCAAAGAACAGAAUCACCACUGAAUGCAGCAACAGAGUAUAUAAAUGUGACUGUUACAUACCAGAGAUCUGGCAACAAAAAUGCUUUGCUGCACAUAGACAAUAACUGAGAGUACAUUUGAAAGCUCAACAUUUUUGAAGGUAGGGUGGCCAGAUAACCAUCACUAAAACAAGGAAAUGCAUCAUCAAAAGAGGAGAGAUGAGGGUUUCAUGAUAGUACAUGCGCUAAUUCUAUGUAAGGAUUCAAAUUACUAUCUUUUAAAUAGAAAUAGAAAACAUCUCAUCAGAGCUGCAAAGACAGCUUUAUUAGAGAUGAGCAGAUUACCUGUGCACCUGAUCAGCCUUUUUUCCAGGUGCUGUCUGUUGAUGGACAACUGCACAGGGGCUUAUGCUCUCCCUUUAUCUUUAAACUGGACUGGGGCUGGAGAGCCCCUCAAAGAGAAGAUGCCUCCAAACAGGGCUGUCCUCUGGCAGCUUCUUAAGGAGAGAAUGCCUUCUGUAAAGUAGGGAACAUGGCCACUGUAUCUGUAGGGCAUGGAGAGGGUCCAUAGCUCAGUGGCAGCGUACAUGGUUUGCAUAUGAAAGGACCCAGAUUCAAUCCCUGGCAUCUCUAGGUAGAACAGGAAAACCCCCUGCCUGAAAUGCUGGAAAGCCACUACUAGUCACCAUGGAUGGUACUGGGCAAAAUGGAUCAAGGUCUGAGCUAGUGCAAGGCCACUUCCUGUGUCCCUAAGGACAGGGGCUGUAUGCACUUGCUCAUGCUAAUUGUUGCCAGUGUAAACCACUAGGAGCAAUCAUCAUGAAUAGUGUGUGGGGCAGCACCCUAACCCUCCACCUCCCUGGCCCUGCCUGUGCUACUAGAUAGUUCUUCCCCUUUCCCAUUUGGCAUUACAGUCAGCACUUUGCUUCCUGGGGAAAGGACCAUUUGGAAGUAUCCUUAUUUGUGUGACAUAACUCAGAAUGAACCUAUACUCAGGAAAGACCACAUGGUAUUGUGUGCCUUUAGCUUUAAUGUCACUUAGUAUACUCUCAGGUAAAAAUACCUUGUUUGAGACAUAAAAUCAUAAAGGUGUUUGCAAAUUUCAUAGCAUAGAUGUAUGUGUUCUCUUUAGGAGUUCUAACUUUAAAAGACUCUACUGCAUUAGACAUAUACUAAAUAUCAAUUAGUAAUGGCUAUUUGAUAUGCACUUUCUAUUCACCCAAAUUGUGGUUAUAACAAAAUCUCUUUGUAGAAUCUCCUGAAGAAUCAUUUGAUCAGUCAAAGAUGCUUCAGGCUUGUGCAACUCCUUUAAAAUUAUGAAUAGUGAUUUGCUUUUUAACUGCAUUGUAUCAUAAUCCAUUGAAAUAAAGUAAUUCC